ACACUUAAACACAGUAAGGAUUAACACUCUAUCCAAUGCCAAUCCAUCCCCAUCCUCUACAUGAAUGCAAAUUGACAGUGAAAAUAAAGGAAGGAAAUGACACCGGCAGUGUUUUGCUCAUGGAGCUAGACAAUUCCUGCGCAUCUCAUUGUGAUUUACAUCAUUUAAGCCACAUAGCCUAGAAAUCUGGUUCUUGAUGGCAGAGCUCAAACCUGAACAGCAACAGACGGUUCAGUCCAUUGAAGUUCUUGGCUGCAUUCCGACUAUUGAACGUCCCUCUCUGCAUGGAACAGUGAGUCCCUGUGCCUUGCGCGAUUCCUCGCAUCAGCAGGCGAACGCAGACGAAUGGAGGUGCGAGGGCGUUGAACUUGGUGUCACUGCGCCACCUGCGUGGCUACAUGGGAACUGCAGUCUCUGCUUUGGUUUAAAAGCUCUGGCAACACGCAGGGGGGUUACAGUGUGGAUUGUGGUCCUACAGAUAAAAAGUUCGCAGGGGAUAUUCUAGCGCACAGGAGGAAAAGUCGUUGAGAACAUGGCAAACAAACCACAGCAGCCUCCUCACCUUCAUCUGGCGGAGUUGAGCGCCACCCAGUUCAUCGACAUCUGGAACCAUUUCGAUACGGACGGCAAUGGCUACAUUGAGGGCAAGGAACUGGAGAACUUCUUCAGGGAGUUGGAGAUUGCACGGAGAGGGGCCGGAGUGGACCCAUCAAACUCCACUUUCAGAGAGAAGAUGAAGGAGUUUAUGCAGAAGUUUGACAAGAACGCAGAUGGGAGAAUUGAGAUGUCAGAGCUGGCUCAGAUUUUGCCCACGGAGGAGAACUUCCUGCUUUGCUUCAGAGAGUUUGUUGGAUCCAGUUCUGAGUUCAUGGCGGCUUGGCGACGAUACGAUACAGAUCGCAGUGGGUACAUUGAAGCUAAUGAACUGAAGGGAUUCCUCUCAGACCUGCUGAAGAAAGCCAACAGACACUACGAUGACCAGAAGCUUCAUGAGUACACACAGACAAUACUCAAGAUGUUUGAUCUAAACGGAGAUGGGAAGCUGGGCCUGUCAGAAAUGGCGAGGCUUCUCCCAGUUAAGGAAAAUUUCUUACUGAAGUUCCAGGGUAUCAAACUGACCUCUGAGCAGUUCAAUGCUAUCUUUGCAUUCUACGACAAGGAUGGAAAUGGCUACAUUGAUGAGCAGGAGCUUGAUGCUCUGUUGCGUGACCUCUAUGAAAAGAACAAAAAGGAGGUGGACACCAAAAACCUGAUUGACUACAAGAAGAGCAUCAUGGCCCUGUCGGACGGAGGGAAGUUGUACCGCUCCGAGCUGGAGAUUGUGCUCUGCAGGGAGCCCAUGCUGUGAACCCUGACAACCAUCGCUGUCUGUUUUUUGACCUCCAUGACCUUAUCUGCCCAUCCCCAGAUCACACCCACCCACCAGCUGCUUGGCGACUGUAACCUGGUGCAUGUGCCGGUCACUCCCUUCAUGAGUUUUGAAUGAAUGUGCAACUGAGAAGCACAACCCAGCUCUCCCUCAGAACCCCUGUCCCCACUCGUCCCUGCAGACUGACCCAGCUAUUACGUUGCCCCUCAAAUUCUACAUUUAACAAAAUGAAUAAAGAUGAUAAAGGUACUUCUGAUAAUUAUGAUUGCAAUGUGAACAGGAGAGGAAUGAAAAUGAAUAUAAUAGGAUUAUUUAUUCUGAAUGCUUGGUUUGACUUUUCUCCUCUCUUUUUUCUCUGUUUGAUCUGGUGUUUCAUCGUUAAAUUAUUAUCCUGUUACAUUUAGAUUUUUGAUGUUGGGUUUUCUGGCUGAUACUGUUAUAAUGAGGAUAUUAUCGAAAGCAUUAAUUAAAGAUAUCUUACGAUUAA